AUGAGUGUGCAACGAUCGCCUCCCGUAUCACAAAUCUCCUUGGAUAUAUUAAAACCAAAUUCGCUACAGUAUAAAUCUGACUCUGCUCUGAAUGCACCGAACAACACUACACAAGAGAGUAAUUACUUUAACAUCUCUAAGCGUCAGAAGCGUACAUUGGAUGAUACAAAUGAGCAACAGAUAUCUAGUAUCUCGGAAAUGACUGCAUUGUUUAACGAUAAGUUUGAACUUUUAAAUAAUGCAAUGCUCACUAUUAUGACCCAAAAUCAGGAGAUAAAUCAAACUGUCAAAGACAUAUCUUCCAAGCAUGAGCAGUUACUUACAAAAUUAAAUAUUUUAGAAAGGGAAAAUAGCGUCUAUAAGCAAAAACUAUACAUAUUAGAAAACAAGUUAGACACCUUGGAACGACAAACCCGUUGCACUACUAUGGAGGUUCGUAAUAUCCCGAAACAAGAAAAAGAAACAAGGGCUGUUCUCGUCUCAAUUAUUAAACAAAUAGGCCUUCAAUUGAACCCUGAUACGUCGAUAAAUGACUCGGAUAUCCGGGAUAUAUUUCGCAACAAAAGUGAAGCCGUGGUAGUGGACUUUUCGACUGUUUCGCAGAAGGAGAAUUUGAUACUACAAUACAAAUCCUUCAACAAACUGAGACGUCAAAAAAAAGAACCAUUAUUUAAUACUGAACAUAUCAACCUGCUGGGCUCACCCCGUCCUAUAUUUGUGUCAGAAUACUUAACUACCAAGGCAAGACGGCUAUUUUACUUAGCGCGAGCUAACGUGAAAAAUAAAAAACUCGCUGCAGCCUGGACCUCGUACGGGAAGAUCUAUAUUAAAAAGGAAGAAGAUUCGCCACCAAUCCGCGUCGACGACGAAAGCGACCUCCCUAAACUGGAUUUGUGA